AUGGCAACUAAAAGGAGAGUCAGUUUGACUGUGCAACAACGGCUGGACGCGUUAAAAGAUUUGGAAACGUUACCCCUUACAAGUGUUGCUGCAAAAUUUAACGUGCAUCCUACGACAAUUCGUCGUAUAAAAAACAAUUCUGCAAUAAUUGGUCGUUUUGCAGAAGAGAACAAGCGACGCGCUAAGCGGCAAAGGUUUAGGAAGCCAAUGUACGAAGAAUUGGAGCAACAUUUACUUGCGUGGUUCACUGAAAGAAGAACACUCGGCGAUAUCCUUUCGGACACGAUUCUUCUGCAAAAAGCCAUAGAACUGAAGAACACUUUGGCAAUAUCUUCCGAUUUUAAAGUGAGUAGAGGCUGGCUCUCAAAAUUUAAAGAACGCCAUAAUAUAAGGCUUGUCCAUGUUUGUGGUGAAAAAGCCAGCGCUGAUGAGGACGGUGCAAAUGUAUUUGUACAAGACUUUAAUAAGUUUAUUGUAGAAGAAAAUAUAAAUUUAGACUGCAUUUAUAAUAUGGAUGAAAGUGGUUUAUUGUGGAAAGCUUUGCCAACAAAAACACUUGCAGGUGGAAAUGAAGCAUCUGUAAAUGGAUAUAAAUUACGGAAGGAAAGAGUGACAAUUGCGUUAUGCUCAAAUGCCACGGGGACGCAUAAAAUUAUGCCCCUCAUGCAACGCAAUGCAUGGAUGGACCAAAGUUUGUUUGCAAAUUGGUAUGAAAAUCACUUCAAACCAAGUGUGAGGGACUACCACAUAAAAAAUGGUAUUAAUGGACCAGUAAUUUUAUUACUUGAUAAUUGCGCUGGUCAUAAAGUGACGGCUGAUACUGACCGAAAUUUUAGAAUUAAAUAUUUACCAGCCAAUACUACAUGUUUAAUUCAACCAAUGGACCAAGGAGUAAUUGAAAAGACGAAACGUAGUUUUCGUCGUAGAUUGAUGCAGAGAGUGAUUGAUUGCACGAGAGGCAUUAAUGAAUUUUAUAAAAUAUAUUCCAUAAGAGAUUGCAUUGAGAUGAUUGCAGAGUCGUGGAAAGAAAUAACAACCGACAAUAUAAGAAAUGCGUGGAAUAAAAUUAUUAAAAGAACCACUUUCGAAGAAGAGGAAAGAGCAUUAGGAGUAAUGCAAGAAUUAAUUUCUUUAAUAUCCGAAGAUAAUGUCAGUAAAGAAGAAGCCGAGUAA